AUGAUAGGAAGCUUAAUUUAUGCCAUGACCUGUACAAGGCCUGAUUUAAGUUGGAUUGUAAGCAAACUGUCUCAAACUCUGUCAAACCCCAGAACGGGAGAUUUAAUUGCUGCCAAACAUGUCCUAAGGUAUCUAAAGGGUACCGUGGAUUAUGGACUCUGCUUUAAGAAAUCUGAUGCUGACUUGCAGCUCACUGCUUAUAGUGAUUCAGAUUGGGCCUCUUGCCUGGAAGACAGGCGAAGUACUACAGGUUACUGUUGUACUCUAACUGAAGGAGGACCACUGAUUUCAUGGAAGUCGAGAAAGCAACCAACGCUUGCCAUUUCCACUUGCGAAGCUGAAUAUGUAGCUUUAGCAAAUACAGCUCAAGAGUGUUUGUAUCUAACUCAAUUGUUAAACGGUAUGUAUAAGAAAGUACAUAAGAGUAUGAAGGUAAGUGUUGAUAACCAAGGGGCAAUUGCACUAAGUAAGAACCCAGUUAACAGACAACGUUCUAAGCAUAUUGACAUAAAGUACCACUUUGGACGUGAAAUGUAUGUUAAAGGCAUGAUAGAUAUUGUAUAUUGUCCUACCCAAGAUAUGGUAGCUGAUAUCCUAACAAAGCCACCCACAAAAUGUAAACUAGAUAAUUUUAAAAGUAUCGUGUUCGGUUGUUGUAAUUAG